ACUGGCUCAGUUUGAUUUCAGUAACGUUCACUUGCGGUUCGUUGUGUUUUUCUUCUUAUACAAAAAAGGGAGAGGGAAGAAACAACAAAUUUCACCUGCGGGGAGCAGGAAGGACCCAGGAGAAGACAGGAAAAUAAGUGAAAACAAAAUUUGACUCAUUAGUGAAGGCAUAUGGGUAUCGAUAUGUAAAUAUUUGAACCGCAUCAUCAAACUUAGUGAAACGAGGGUUGACCUCUGGUGAAAGAAAAAACGUACACACACAUACAUACACACACCCGAAUAAGAAACGUGAAAGCCCCGCAGGAGCGGAGAGUGUAAUUCAUUUUCCGCUAUCAUGGAUGCUGCGAGUGAUUGAUCCAAGUCAGCAGCAGCAGCAGCAGCAGCACAAACAUACGGGGUGGAGGUGAAGAUUUUCAUAUCCUCCGCGCCUCGGCCACGCUUCCAAAUGCCCAUGGGUAUGCGCGUGAGUGAGUGGGUGUUUCCAUAGUGGCCAUGAAUAAAUAAUCAUAAUAAUAGAAAUAAAAGUAAUCAUAAAGCCAAGAUAGAGAAAGACGCCGGUGACAGGUGAGCUGCAGUGUGUAGUUUUUGGUGUUCGAAGUUUUUCGCUCCCACCUCGUUCUUUCGACGAGUCACGACAGGUGAUUGAAUGAAAUCGAAUGUUUCUAUGAAGUUAGCGAAGUUACUUCAAGUGUUACGUGGAUAAUUUGGGGUGGAUUUGUGUAAAGCUGUAGCAGUGGUGUAAGUGAAAACCAGAGUCUGCGCCAAGAAUAAAAAGUUUAAAAAAAAUAGAGAUUGCCUCACGUUUAUGGAGUGAAUGGUUACCGCAAUCGAAGUGCAAAAAGAGUUUGGAAAACGUGCGAAUAGUAUAUAUCGCCAAAUUACAAAUUGUGUGCAUACGAAGAAUUGGAGAAGAUAAGUGAAUACUUAUUAGUUCGAAGAAGGAGCAACACACAUAAAUUUGAGUCGCAGAAACAUUAAAAGCACAACUAACGGGUUACAGAUAACACCUCUUGGUCGAAUAGCUCCAUGUAAAGAUGAAAGAUACACCAUUCCCGAUAUCCACAAGACGGCUCAAGGUGCUAUAAAUAGUCGAUGGCGACAGCUGAUUUUUGCUGAAUCGGUAAACAUCGGAUUAGUUCUCUCGCAGAAAACGUGAGUCCAGUACGAAACGUUGGGUGUUAUGUCCGGGAUUUCCAAUCACUUGAAGGAGAGAGUUUAAUCGGAAUUGUGUUGACAGUUUCCUUCUAAGAUGGCACUAACGUUUCUAGAGCAACAUCGCCUUCUCAACGUUUGUUGACAUUAAUCUCCGCUCGUGUUUGUCGUCACAAAUGAUUCGCUCCAACGUCUAGUCUCUGAUCGGCUGGUGCACCCGAAAGGAAUAACUUCAGCUUAUGAAAAAGACUACCACCCCAAAAACACUACCACUUUGCAACAACAGCAUCGCAAGGGCGCGUACACAAAAUUAGUCCGAAAUCACCCAACUUUCGCAGAACACACACUGCAGGUGGCGAACUGCGGCCAACGUUAGCAAGCAAAAAAGCGAACGUUUUUUUUCUUGUGUUUUAUUUUCACUGCCAAUCACAAAACCAAAAAAAAAACAACACGAAGUCGCAGUCACGACAGAAUGGAGGCUGCUGGAGACAGCAGCUCACACGCGUACACUCCCCAGACACAAUUUGCGUCGUGAAGUCUUCCAGGGAUUUGAACAACCGCAACAACAUUUGGAGUAUUUUAAUUAGUAGGGUGUGUCUGUUUUUUGCUACUAGUUCGCAAGCAGUUGUCGUUUAAUCGCCAUUCCAGAUAGGAUCACCAGCAUCAGCAUCUAACCAACAGUGUAUCGGGAUCCUCCGCACAGCGCGCACUCAAGUGGUGCGGAACGAUGGAUGCGAUGCCCGGUGGCGGUGGUGGUGAGACACACAACCUGCAGCAGCUCAUCAGUGAUUCAUUCGAGAUCCGGCAGCUCGAGCAGAUCACCAUUCACCACUACGAGAUAAGAUGGAAGCGUAACUAAGUGAUAUCUCGGCACCAGCCAGACGGAUCAAAUGAGACGGAAGCAGAUCUUCAAAUUUGGCUGCAACCACUUCAGAGAAGAACCAAAGGAAAAAGACAAAACCGAAUCGUUCCACACAGUCGGUAACACUUAAAGGACGAGAAAUAAACUGGCCCACGGCGAGACGAGAGUUCUCCGCCGAAAGUGGAGUGAGGAAAAUCAUAUUUAAAAAAAGAACAUCUGCAAGGAGGAACGGUGCAAAUUGCGGCCACUUAAAGUUUGAGUUUCUUGUUUUUAAUUGAGCAAUCUUCGUCUGUUUGCCUAAGUUGCUUCGAGUUCAUUUACACUUUGCUUCCCAGCUCGGCAUUUCUUUUCCUCCGCAGUUUUAUUUUGGACAUUUUUUUUACUUCGAAAAAUUAAACCAAAAACUGCCAUAACUGGAGAAUAGCCAGUCGUAAAAACAAAAAUCGAGCGGAUCCAAACCAGCGGAGCGGAGGAAACGCACCUUUCUCACCUCUAUUAUUCCGGGGGAAUUAAUUUACCAACCGUAAUGAGAUGGAAAAGCGACUCUUGCUAUCGGCAGCAGAAUAAAUGGAAUUAUUAAUUUGCAACUUGAUAACACGUGCAACGCUUGGCCAGCUUCGCCACCGGUGGGAGGAUUCAUAAAGUUAAAAGCAAAAAAAAAACAGCACUGAUCCUGCCGACAUCUCGAGCGGAAACACAAAAAACACGCUGUCAUCACAGUCAUUGUUACCACGGUAAAAAUAGAGAGCGAAACUAACGACGGUGGCAUAGGAUAUGAAAACAAAUCUUGUUCGAGCUAGGCAAAAAACACAGCUCGUGGAAUUGCGAUCUAGCCUAAUUUGAUCCACCUUCAAGCUGUUUUUUUUUCAGAUUAAUUUUUGUUUCUUGGUUAGCUCAACGCGUUUCGUUUCGUCGUAAACUCUUUUAUUUUGUCGUUCCACGUGCAAUGUUGAGCCACGUGCUGCAAAGGACGAGGGACUUGCGAAGUGUGCAGAAGUGAGGACAGGAAAUUUAUUUCAGCAUUAAAUAAAUAAAAGAAGUGCUUCUUACUGUGGUGCUAUUACUAGAGAGGAAAGAAAGAGAGAGUGAGAGAGAAAGCGGCGCAGUUCAAAACAGUUAUUAAUAAUUAAGACGAAUUGUAAACAACCGGAAGACUUGGGAAAAAGGAAGUUAAGAGCUCAAGGAGAGUAAUCAUAAAUUUAAUCACCCCUUUCCAUAAGAAUAUUAUGCCAAAGUGUUGGAAAAGAAAACCGACGGGCUAUGUUUGUGAUGCUGUCAGUUCGCACAACAGCCACCGUUCGUGAACGGCCCGCCGAGACGGUCAAGAAGGCAAUCACCAUUAAUCAGCUUAUCAGAAGCUUCAACAAUCGGAGAGCCAAAAGUCAGCGCAAGCAGACCUCCGGCAGCAGACUCAACAACGCAACAACCCUGGGCCGCAACUGUAAGAAAGACAGCAGCGAAAGUGACAGCAACGACAAGAAGAAUUUACAAAGGAGCAAAAACAACUACCAAAAGCCAACCGAGAAGAUCGAUAAAACGUCAAUCCAGAUCAUCGCACCAAAAACAACGACAACGACGACCACCGCCAGCCCGGGUCGGCUGGUACAGAUACCAGAGGAGGACAAGAAAGUUUCGGUGCCGAUCAGUGCCAUCACCACGACUACGAGCUCGAUUUCCUCAUCCGAGAAGCAGGAACAUCAGAGCGCCAUCCCAGGAGAGGAUCAACAAUCGAAGGCCAAUUUUCUACUGUCAGAGCUGAACAACUUCAGAAAACCACCAACCGUACAGUGCUUCUGUCGAAUGGUCUUUUCGAGAUGGCUAAAUGUAUCAGUUGACAACGAAGCAGAAAGUUUGCUUAUCGAAAACGAAGAAGAACAGGUACCUGUGGCGACCAUACUGAACGACCUUAGUCCCGUGCCUGCACCAGCGAAAGUCACAAAUAAAGUAUCUAAUUCGAACCCUAUGAGUCCUAUGAACCCCGCCGGGCUACAAAGUAACUCGCCGGACGUUAAGGCCAUGCGGUACUACAGACUGUGGAUCUACACAUGCAACGCUGUGCUCCUGAUGGCGGUAAUCGUAUUCUGUGGCGUUGCUGGUAAAAUUUUACUCUCCGACUACAAGCGUUUGCUAGUGAACGGACUUAGCCUGACGCAGCCGAGCUUUAUUUACGCGUACCUAGCGCUGCUGGUGCAAUCAGGUUUCUUACAACUGAUAGGGUGUCUUGGUGCCUUACGACUAUCGGAGAAAUUACUGAACGCUUAUUGGUUGCUUUUACUCGUAUUGUUAAUAGGGGACGCGAUGUUAGGCAUAUUUUGGAUGUUCAAAUUCGACAAGGUGAUGCACGAUCUGCAGCCCAUGCUGAGAUACCGCCUGGCGCAUGAAUAUGGAAAUUCAAUCGAAUUAACAGAUCUCUGGGAUCGACUGCAGAACGAGGGACGAUGCUGUGGCGUUACUGGACCGCAAGACUUCCCGAUACACGUAAACCGAACCUAUCCGGAUUCCUGCUGCGCCGCGGAUAUCUCCGAACAGAUCAGCAUAUCGCGACGGCCACUCGCGUCGGCAGUGGUUUUCCGAAGCGAAGAUGUGGACGACAUAACGGCAAGUCGUAACAUCAGCGAUAUCAGCGACGCCUGGAGCCUCAUCACGGCACCUAGCAGUAGCAGCAGUAGCAUCAUCACGAGCAGCAGCGGUAGCGGCAGCAUGAGCGGUGAUGGGACCAGCAGCAACAGUGGAAGCGGUGGGGGCAGCAGUAGCGUUAGUUUUAGUAGCAGUAGUACGAGUGAUGUUAGCAGUAGUCGCGGCAGCAGCAGUAGUAGCAGUAGCCUUAGCGCCAGCAGCAACAGCGGGGGUGGAGGUGGAAGCGACAGUGGAGCCGUCCGAACGAUCGCAGCCUGUAGAGCGGUGUAUCCGCAGGGCUGCGCAGAUCGGAUCGUCUCGUGGUUGCGGCACACGGCAGACAUUAUGUUCGUGCUGGGCUACUGCGUGAUAGCGUUUCUGAAGCUGUGUUUCCUCGGAAUUCUCCGGUAUGAGAUUAAGGAAAUGAUUCAGAAAAUCAAACUGCUCCAAACGGAGAUGGCCGGAGCAAUUCUCAAUGGAGUGGAAUGCGACCAGCAGCAAGUGCAGCAGUUUACCCUGUUGCAGCAAGUAACGAAUACGUCAAUCAACGGCGGGAUACACGCCGAACCGAAGGUCGGCAAUCGGGACCGUGAGCGAACACGGAUAGAGGCCGCCGAAAGUGAGCGGGAAUCGCUGCUCAACACCCAGCAGGAGAACACACCGAAGCUGCUCAAACACAAGCAGCUCUACACGUGUAUCAACGAGCAGCAUGUUUGCGGGAGUGGGACGGGUAGUGGGGGUGGUGUUGACGGAGGUGGUGGUGGCAACACAGGAAGUGGUGGACAUGUUCCCCACGGCGGUCCGGGAUGCGGCGGAUGUGAAUCCGAUACCAACUCGAACUGCGCGCUGCUAGUCGAGGAUAACAACACUUCGCUGUUGUCCGGCGCGACAGGUGCGACCAAGACAAUAAACGGCAACAACAACUAUGAGCUGAGCGAGUUCGAUACCAAGGCACCCACGUACAGGCUUCUUAACGCACCGACGGUGACUAAAAUCUGACUACGGUAUUACCUGGAGCAACUGUUCGGCGAUCGCUGGCGGAAAGCGAGACCAAACACGCGAGCUCGCGGCAGCAUUGACCCGGCCGGUCAACAACAGCAGCAGCAGCAGCUGCAGUUUCAACAACAAGACAGCGUCAGCAGCCGGGAAGGUCUCAAGUGCAGCAUGGUCCACCGGCUACAGAGCAUCACCGGCAGCAGUGUGCUCAGCGGAAGUGGCGGCACCGGCAGCAACGGGAUCAACGGCAGCAGUUCCCGAGGGGAGGGUUGUGGCAGUACUACAGCCACGGCCGGAUCCAGCAGCAGCAGUGGAACCACCGCCAGCAACGGUGGCUCACGAAGGCGCAAGUCCCGCAUCACGUACGACCGCGAGCAGGGUGUACGGUUCUACCGGGGCACCGAGACGACCGACAGCAACGAUUGUGAUUGUGAGGACAUUUGAAGAAGACGGACGUGUUGAGGCAAACGGAUAGCCCAACGGAGGUGAGAAGUGCGUCUAGCCCAGAGGAAGAUGGCAAGUGACGGAAACAAGCGAUCAACUGUGAGUAAACCUGUGAGCUGUGAAAGUUAUGUUACGUGAAAACUAUUGUGCACUCUCGAGAAUUAACGAGAACUGCAGCUUCGACGCAGUUCUCUUCAUCCUAAGUGUUACGUGAGAAUGAGUGUUGGAAACAGUGUCCCACCAGGGGAGAUUAUCCAAACCAUGACGCGAUAGUAGUUCUGCUUUAGACGAGAAGACAUCCAAUACGUAGCAAGCGAAAAUACAAAGUAAGAUCGAAAAACUAAACUAGGCGUAAGUAUAGAAUUCCCGCAUUAGUGGACUAAAGUGUACUGAUUCGAUCAUCAGUUUUCAACAUUGACGUUAAAAUGUAAAGCGAAGAAGAAGAAAAAGGAUGGAGGAAAUGAUAUCUAUAACCCAAUGAGAAGAGUACCUUCAGCCCGAAAAAAAAUGAAAGCAGCUGCUAUCGAAUCUGCUCGGGGUUACAUUAUUUUGUUUGUUUUAAUCCGUUACAGUGUUUCUCGUUUCCGGCUAUUUUAAUUAUUUGCAUACAACGUGUCACAAAAAACACUUUUUCGUGCUCACUGGCAAAAAAAGCGUCCUAAAACUUUUGACUGAAUUAAAUUCAAAUCGGGAGAGGACUCGGAUGACACUCGACCAUUUAUAUCUUUUACCGUGUCCACACCGUUAAAGUUUCGAUCCGGGUCGGCAUAGUCAGUUACGAAUCCGUAAAAGUUACUACGAGAUUUUUUAAAUUUUACUCGCACUCGCAUUCCCCUACCAUACUACAAGCCAUGUUUUUCAUAGAACUCGGGCGUCAAAUCGUUUUCUUUAUUCUUACACGUUUCUCCGUUGCGGUCCCGAAUUAACUGUCCGGUCAAUCAAUAGCACUUAUAUAAUACGCUCUAAGGCUCUAAUGGUUUGAACAGUGCGUUUUGUUGACCUGACUGUCAAGCCGAAACCGAACCGAAGAACGAAGAACACACCAAAACCAAAAUUGACAGAUUUGGUACACGAGUUGUACGAGGCUGGUGAGGAAUGCGAGUCCGGAUAAAAUAAAAAAAAACAUUGUAACAACUCGGAUGUAAUUUUAUAUAUUUUUUUUCAAUGGAGCUUUCGUUUUCAGAAAUAUUUCAAAAUAUAUAAAAAUCUAAUAGUGUUUUUAGAUUCAUGAAUUAUGUUCAGAGGCAAAGCGGUAAUGUUCCAAUCAAUAGCUCAGCAGCACCAAGACUGCCAAAGAAGCAUAUUACAAUUGAAAAAUGAAAUAUAAACUGCUUAUGUAAUUGAUUGAGUCAGAAACAAAAAUCCUCUCACAAUCAAUUGUAGCUACCGAUCACUGAAUUCAUUUGGCUCUCUUGCUUAAGUUGAACGUAAUCUUCCAAAGCAAAAUUUCAAUCUUCCCACGUUGCUAGAGUUUCGCUUGACAAAACCCCAUCCAGUUUCGAGGGCAAUACACUUGGUAUAGCGAGUUCCCAACAUUUCGAUUCCCUUUCUGUAGUACGAAACGUCUAAGUCUUCCAAAUAUGUCUUAGUGCCACUCUGCAGACUGUCUAACGUUUGCAUUAAAAAAAUGAACUUUUUCGGAUGGUGAAGAACAAACAGAUAAUUGGAUUUGAUAAAUUUCCCAUGGAAGGUAAUUAUAUUAGUUUACUUGCAAAAAAAAAUUCUACACCCUUGCUAACAGCCUUCCGGCAACUAACCGGAACAUUCGCCAUGGCGGACGAAAACAUGCGUGUAGGCAUGUUUUUGAGUUCUUUCUUCGUUUUAUUUAUGGAACUCUUCUCGGUUUUCGCGACGAAAUUGCGAGUUCGUAUUAUAAAUUUCCCCGUUCACGGCCAGUCCGGAGCUAAAGAAGAGCGGCUUUGACACCCCCUUCUCGCUAAUUGUCAGCCACUGCAGUACCUUCUUGGGUAACUUGGUGUGGGAAAUAAUCUUCACUUCGGAGCUCACUUCCUUCGUGGGGAAAGUAAAAUACGAAGUGCCCUGCCAGUCGUUGCCAUCCAGGGUGAGAUAGGUCUCGUCGUCCGUCACCACUGCUACCUCGAGAUUCGCCGGGAAAGUCGGUUUGAUCAUCUUAUUCAGCCGCUGCCGCUGCGUCAUUGCCUGCAGCUACGAGACCAGUAGACGGGACUUCCGCUUCCUGGCAUGUAUGUCCAUCGUGGAAGCGAUCUGGCGUAGUGGUAACAUCCAUGCCUCUCACGCUAAAGGUCACGAGUUCAAUUCUCACUCCCGACAUUCUUCAAAAAAUGGAAGUUAAAUGACGUUUCAUCCAUUGUCACAAAACGUCGAAAGAAGUUCACUCGAUUACGCAAACGCGGCACUUAUCACGCGGAUAGCUUUUUCAUGUAAAAAAUGACGUGCAAAAUGUUUCCCACUCGUUCUUGUUAAAUGCCUACUGCCUCAGCUAACUCGCAUAACUUCACUUUACGUUCGUUCAAUACGAGUCGAUGCACUUGUUUUACGAUUUCUGGAUUCGUAGUCUCUUUUGGUACAUCUACGGUGCUUGCAUGGGCCAUUUUAAAUCCACUAAACCACCGAUAAACUGUUGUUCUCGAAGGAGCAGAAGUUGAAUAACAUUUCGUCAACCACUGCAUUGAUUGUUUCAGGAGUUUUUCCCACCAAAAAACAAUGUAAGUAAGCGCUAUUAUUGUUUAAACCACCAACUCCGACUUUCGGUAGUAAUUUUUAAUAAUUAUAAAGCGUCGCUCGUUCGUGUACUUCACCAUGAUGAAAAUGUUGAUUUUGACUAACGUUUUGACAUUGACAAAUAAAUGGAAUGUUUUAAGGGUUUGUUCAAACGAAGACACAAAACUGUCAUGUCGCUAAUCGAUAACCCUUCAUAAAAAUCAAAUGCCACAAAUGUUUGUCCGCGCAUCAUUCGAGAACGAAUCGUCCCGUAUGAGCUGCCUCUAUAUUCAACCAUUCCAUACCAACCCGAUAUAGUGGCUCUUCGAUUUUCGCGAAAAGUGGUAGUGGUUUUACUCUUUAUCGCAAAAUAUUAGAUCCGUAUUCUUUUAUUUUUUUUGUUAGGGUGACCAUUUCAAUUUUAGGGGAAAUCGAAAAUGCAUUUUUCUCUCAUUUUUUUCCAAAAAUGACUUUUUUUAUUAACUUUUGAACUACUAGACCGAUUUAAAUGAUCCACAUAUCAAAUUAAAGCCAGUUAGCUGGUAUUUUUUGAAAAAAUAUUACUCUUCCGAAAAAUUGGAAUUUUGUUUUCGUGAUUAUUGAUUGCAUUUGUUUUUCAUAGUUUUCAUUGUCUCGGGACCAUGCGCUAUAUAAGCUGAGGAUUUUUUACAUAACAUAUUCAAAAAUCAGAGAUGUGUUCUUUUUAGUUUUUGAAUUGUGAUGUCUCAAACAUCACAAUUUAAAAAUGGUCUAAAAAAUAAUUUUCCCCCUUUUUAAAAAAAUGACGUUUUUCAAAACAUCAUAACUUUUGAACUACCGAACCGAUUCAGAUAAUCAACAUAUUAAAUUGAAGUCAAUGAGUUAGUCUUCUUUAAAAAAAUAUAAAACCGGCAAAACAUAUAGAAUUCUAUUCGCAUAGAUCUCGUCUAGUCGCAUAGGAAUAUCGAACGAAGACUAAAAACAUGUUAACUUUGAAAAAUCAUGACUCAAAAACUAAAAAGAACACAUCUCUGAUUUUUGGAUAUGUUAUGUUAAACAUAUCCAAGAGCCUUCAGAAGAAAAUAUGAAAAAUAUAGCGCCCUUGGUCCUCGAACCAUGUAAACUAUUAAAAACAAAUACAAUCAAUAUCCAAAAUUGUGAUAUUUUUCCAAAAAAAAAUGCUAAUAGACUUUAAAUUGAUAUGUCGAAUAUAUGAAUCGGCAUAGUGGUUCAAAGGUCCUGAAUUUAAAAACAAAGACAUUUUUGAAAAAAAUGGGCAAAAAACUGAUUUUUCAGACCACCCUAAAAUCGAAAUGGUCACCCUAACAAAAAAAAUACAAAAAUACGGCUCUAAUAUUUUGCGAUAAAUAACAAAACUAACACUUUUCACGAAAAUUGAAGAACCAAUAUAUCGGUUUGGCAUAGAAUGGCUGAUCGUUCACAUAGUAAAUGAACGCGCAAUCUUUUGGCUACGAAGCGGAACAAGUAUUUUUUGGUGUCCUUUUUCUUCGUCAUUUCUUAUGUGUUUUUAUAACUACAGGUAAUGCUGCAUGAAAAAUUAUGUUUCAAAAUUGUAUUUUUCAGUAAUUCGUAUUGGCAUAGCAAUGAUUAUAUUUCUACGGUUUUUUGAUUCAAAUUAUUUAUGUUUGUGAAUUGAAAUGAAAAAUUGAAAAGAAUUAAUUUUCCACUAUUGAUGCCGCCAGCGUAUGAAGAACUCAAAUUUAUUCCGUUGGUAAGUUCGAUAUCGGAAGUGAACUGCAUUGUACGAUUACUCGUGCUCUAAAAAUUGGAGGAUUGCAAAAAUUACUUCACGAACACUCCACAUUGUUUCGAUUAUUCAAGACGGCAUUGGAAGAUAAGUAUUUUGAUGAUCACAAAAUCAUUAUAAGAGCGAAUAAACGUCCGACUGGAAGUCAUGAACUUCAAUUCAAUGUUCCAAAAUUGAAACAUCGUCAAUUUAAAUCAAUUGGAAUAAAUAUACGUCCAGGAGGUUCAAGUGGAAAUUAGCAUCUAGAGCUCGACAGUUAUUCUCUGGAAAAAACUGUCUUCGACAUAUGAACUGUCUUCAUUACAUAUGAAGAGCAAUCAUUUUUAUGCUAUCAAAAAUAGGAUGACCAAAAUUGUCGAUGAAAUAAAAAAUCUAACAUCCUUAUCUUUAUAGAUAGACGUAAACAUAAUUCGAAAAUGUUGUAGCCCGAGUUAUUGCAAACAAAUUGGUGGAACAAGGAUUUUCUCUAUCUCUUGAAAUCAGUGUUGCCACACAUACAGAUUUAUCUGGAAAGGUACAGAUUACAGAUUUUCUCCCAAAAGUACAGAUUGGUACAUAUUUUUUCCGCGUGUGAAAUUUCUCACGUUUGAAGAAAGCAACAUCAAGAUACAUGACGACUUUUACGCCGCAGUAUCGUCUGCUGCUGCUGAUAAUAAAGGAUUUAUAAUGCAAUAAUUGAUCACUUUCAUAAGGACGAAGUUCAUUUCCAGGGUCCUACAAUAAAAAUAUAUAAGAUCUGAAGGAUUAACUCCGCACCCUAAAGGUGAAAUUACUCCGGUUCAGAAAACGAGCAUGUGCAGAGUUAGCGAAUAAAAAUUUUAUGUCUAAAAAGAAUUGACGGUUCGCACGCAUUUUCAGCACUCCGAUGCCUUGCUUGUAUCGUUCUCACUACGCCUCACUCCUCGGCAGAACGAAAAUUAGCUUCGAAAUCGGUUCAGCAACGAUACGAUAACCACUAUUUUGAGACCAACAGAUUUGAUUGAACAUAGUGGAUUUGUAUAAGCAUCAUCAAACACUCGAAUGACUCGCAAAUGUAAAUGUAGUAUUUGUAGUAAAUGAAUGAGUUUUUGUUUUUCAUUCUAAUAAAAUAUAUUUUUUCUACAACUAACAUUUUCGAUGGUACAGAUUUUUGGACGAAAAAGUACAGCUGAGAAAGAUUUUUAACCCCUCUGGUACAGAUCAAAAUGUGGCAGCACUGCUUGGAAUAACCGAUAUAGCGCAUUUUUUCUAAGUUGCCUUGGGGUUAUCAUUAAAAAAAAAACUUUUUUUUGCCCUAACUUUUAUAUUUCAAAGUCUACUUGCAAACUGUCUUCGAAAGACUUUCCGAGCUUACUAAUACAAAUAUUUUGCGAUGCAGAACUUGUCAAUGUCUCAACUCUAAUCAAUGUUAUUGAUAUUUCUUCGCAAAAAAUACGUUCUCUUCAAUUGUUUGUCAUUCUUUCUGAGGCAAACAUAAAAAAUAUAAGUUUUUGGGUGAAAAACCAUCAAUAACGUUGAGUAGGAUUAAGAUAUUGACAAGUUCUGCAUCGCAAAAUGUUGGUCUUCAUAAGCUCUAGAAGUCGUACGAAGGCAAUUUUGAUGUAGAAUUUGAAAUAUAAAAGUUAGAGUAAAAACUUAGAUAGAGAGCGCUAAAUACAAUUUUGUGGAAGUUACACAUUCUGUAGACAAAAACUAUCUUUGACAAAGUUGUUACAUAUGAUGGAGCGCUGUUUUCAAUGUUGUCGAAAAUAGGGUGACCAAAACUAUAGGUGAAAUAAAAAAAUUAACUUUCAUAUCUUUAUAGAUAAAGAUAAACAUAGUUCGACAGAAUAGAUUGAAUGAUAAACAAAUGAAGAAAGCGUAUUUCUUGGAAAGAAAUAUCAAUAGCGUUGAGCUAAGUUGAGAUAUUGACAAGUACUACAUUGCAAAAUUUUUAUAUUAGCAACGAAGAACGUAAUAACAUAGCAUUGACUUUGUGGCCAUGGCGGAUUUCACUGUGUCUGAUUGUCCGAAUCUGAGAUUUUAGUAUUUAUACUUAAACUGAUCAUCCGCGAGUGGCAAGAUCACCACGGACAACGUAAUAAUGGACUAAGAAUGAGAGACAAACACGAAAACAAGAUAUUUCAUCGUGAAAACUUAGUUUUAUUAAUACAGAAAUAAUAAAACUAUCCAUCCGUAAGGUCGUGUACACCAGAGGUCAGAUUAUGUGAAAACCAUGACCAACACGAAAGAACAAGAGCUAACCACUCACUGAAAAAAUUCGGGAAGGCCAAAAAAUGACUACAGAACUCGCUUUCGUGAAUAAUCGAGGCUCUACUGUCCUGGACAACGAUUUGGCACAAAAUAAUCCAUAAAUGGUGUCUGAUUCGAAUUAAAUGCAGAAUUUGUUGCAUAAAAUAUGUUUGUUAGAAAACAGUUUUUUCAAUGUUUCAUAGUGUGUUCAAGAUUAUCGAGGCGACACCACUAUACGCUAGAAUUGAACGUUAAAAUACAUAGUGCAACCCAAGAUUAUUUUCAAUCUGUAUUUUCAUGAUAAAUGGGAUUUAAAAAGCAUAAAAAAUUAUAGAAUGACAUCCAGCAGUUGCACGUCCGCUUAUCUGCUUAUCUUCUUACCAAUACUUACAGCUGCAGUGUGCGUUCGAGAAAAGUAUGCCGGGCUAGAGAAACACGUUAUGAUCGGAACUAGUGAGCUUCGGAACGCGAACGCCGGGACAAACUCCAAGAAAACCAACCACUCGUCGAGCCCUUUACCACACAAUCCGGGUGCCAUCCCCCGCAUUGUCUGGUAUGUGAUGAUGUGGCUCGUUUUCUUAAACCUUUAACGGCCGGGAGGAGUUUCGCCUCUGUCUUGUUACAUAAUUGAUAGUUACGCUAGCACACGUGCACACAUCCAUGGAUAGCGAGGCGCGGGCGUGGAUUCGGGCUGAAGGUACUUCGAGUGGGAUGAAGAAACUGCCGAAACCAAAUUCAGUGCAGAGAUUCGGUUCGGAGAAAAAACACACAUUAAACGAAAUGAAUUAUUUAGGUAAUCGAUAUACACGUAGAUCGAAUCGGACUGGACAAUGGGAACUUUUCAAAAAAGUUCCUCCGGUGAUGUUAUCUAGAUGUAGCGAUUUAGAGUUUUAGUACGAAAUGGAAUGAAAAUGAAACGCUUUAAUAAUGAAAAAAUAGAAAUAAGAGACAAAAUACUAGUCGAAUAUGAUAAGCCAUUAGCGGUAAGUAAUUAGGCAAUUCGGAAAAUUAUUUUGAGUUUCUAUUAGGUACUUGCUGAGGAAAACCGUCGACCAGAUAUGAAUGUGCAGAACACCGUCGAGAAUAAUUUAUCUGAAUUCACCGUUGCAGCAAUUGACAAUAAACAUGAGAAUCGCCUGCGAGAGUAUGAUGCUAGUUUUUUUUUAUUUUUCGUUUCAGUCUUUUUUUGUACUCUCAUGAAAUGUUGAGCACAUUUUCCUCCGAGCGAGCUCGGGAACCCUGCCACUUCUCUAUUAAGCAACCUCCCAUUUAGUUCAAAGUCCAGCAAAUCCCCCCAAUUACUCAACCACUGUGCAUAUUUGCACAGAAAAUUCCCGCCAGCUAUUAUCGGUGUUUGUACAAUCGGCUCCACAACCCACAGUAGACGAAGCAUGAGAAAAAUGGAAAAAGGAGAGGAUGGAACAAGCUGUUCCUCGAGAGUCCCUAAUUGAAAAAUAACUUAUCCUGGCGUUCUCUUUCUCCUCUUCUUUUCGCUGAGUUCAUGCAGAUUACGACGGAAAUCUCGAGUAAAUUAAUGGCAAUGGACGAACGAGCGUCGUCGGUACCCAUUGCUGGGGACAACCAAGGCAUUGGAAUGAAGCAAAUUUGCAUGCUGCAUUCGCGUGAAAAAGAGCACGAACCAGACUAAUUGAAGUAUUUCAAACUAAUCAGCUGUAGCACUACUUAAUGAAGACUGUGUGUGAAUAUGAUCUUCGACUGGUUAUUAAGUAAAAAAAUUAUAACUCCAUUUUUCGCGCUCCUAUUCUGAAAGAACAAUUUACAAAUGUUAUUAAUGUUGGACCGUGAUUUCGCCAAACAUUAGAGUAAUUCUACGUGGAAUCGAUAAAAUCGAAUCGGUCGAUUCUAAAAAGCGUAACAAAUACAUUUUUUUCUUAACACGUUGAGCCCCUAGGGACCGACGCUGAGUUGAGUUCCACAGUUAGUGACAUCUUUAAAAAAAAAAUCAUAACUUGAAAAACCUUCAGGAUGAACAAAACCUAAUCUGCAAUAGAGGCGAAUGAACUGCAAAGUUUACUCAACGAAGUGAAGUGAAUUAACGAAUAUUUUAUGGGUUACAUGAGAGAAUUAGAAUUAGAAUACAUUGGACUAAUUUCAUGCCAGCUCGUCUUAGGAGUUGACAAGACAUUGGUCAUUUAAGCCACUUUGCAUACAUGGAAUCCCCAAAAAAGAAUUAGACUUUUCGAAAAGAACCAAGGUUGUUUCCUUAAUACUUUACACAAAUUUCCAACUUAAAAACUGUAACACCUACAAACUUUCAGUCUACAAAUGAAUUUUUUUUUUUUGUAUAAUACUAAAAAAAAUAUUUUGAAAUUUGAAAUUCAUUUGUCUCUAAAACAUAUUUUUUUAAAAAUUCUUCAGAUUUUUCGACGAAAACAUGAAAAAGUUGUUGUUAGGAAAACACUUUCCUUGGAGCAGUGCUCAAAACGAAAAUUAUAUGAAUAGUCCAUACAAUUACCAACGUGUCAUCCAUAGAUCGAAAGAAGGGCAUUGCUACAGAAAAAGAGUCUUUCUAUAAACAACUUUGUCAUGUUUUCUUCGAAAAAUUACUACUAACAUUUAACUCGUAACAGUUUUGUGUGUAAAUUAUCGCGAUUGACAUGGUCUGCGAUCUCUUUUCCAUUUAUAAACAUGUCAAUAACCUGCCAAACCUUAUUUUUUCAGGUGUCUCCAUGCAAAAAUGGCAUAUACUCAAGAGACUAUAAAAAAUAGAAAGUUAACGUAUCGGACAAAAGUCCAUAUUUUAAUGAGAUCUAAAAUUUUGUUGAAUACACUAUAUCGCUAUCUUAACAUUAGGCGAAAUUCGGAUAAGUUGUAUCUUUUUCAAAGAAAGCAUUAAAUAGUUGAUGUUAGAAAAACUUUUUCCUUGUAGAAGUGCCAAACUUUCGAUGUAUGGAUGACUCAUUGGUAAUUGUAUGGGCUAUUUAUAUAAUUUUUCUGAGAAUUAAAAAAAAUGGUUUUUGAGAAAAAUGAACUUCAAUUUUUCGAAAUAUAACAAUAUAAAAUGAUAAUCUUUUGUAUGGCAAUUCAGUUGAUGCCAAUUGAGUAGCUCAACCGUUUUCCUGAUCGGUCUUUCUGAUAUUCCGAUCGUUUUGGUGCAGAGCAGGGGGUUCAAUUCGAUAAAUUGUUUGUCGUAACAGAUUUAACCUAACUAAUCUCAGAAAACACACAACGUUAUCUUUUUUCCAAAGCGAUCUAACCCUACGGUCGAAGAAAUGAUUCUUGAAAUGUAUCCACUUCUCAUCCCCGGUCGCGAUCCAACGCAGAAAUGACCUUGUAUCUGGCAAGAAAAAAAAUGCAAAAGCUUUUCCGGGUUUCUUGUUGUCUGUCGUUCAAUUCAUGUGGAGCCCAUCUUCAGACCUUCAGGAUAUUUGUCAUGAAUUUUAAACAUCAGGAAACGAUUGAUUGGUAAAAACUUAAUUGUUCUACGAGUUGUUGUUGUAUCUGGACCACGUCUUCGUCCAAUAAAUUUUGUAAUUCGGCGUCUUGAAACACUUUCGGUGGCUCACAUUAAGAUUGCCACUUUCAGACUUUUAUUAAUAUGUAGUUCGAAUAUAAUAUUUUUAAUAAACUGUAAACGAUAUUUGUUCAUAAAAAAUGAAGUUUAUAUCAAAAACAUUACACUCCUUUUGCUCAUUCUUUUAAAUUAGUUAAAUUAACAUUAUUCUUAUAAAAAUACAGCCAUUCCGUGCCAAACCGAUAUAGUGGUGCUCAGAUUUUCGUGGAAAGUGGAGGUUUUGCUCUUUGUCGCAAACCAUUAGACUCAUAUUUUUUUUUUGUUAGGGUGACCAUUUUCAUUUUAGAGUGGUCCGAAAAAUCAAUUUUUUCCACUUUUCUCAAAAAAAUACUUUUUUCAAAAAAUCAUAACUUUUGAACUACUGAGUCGAUUUAGAUGAUCGACAAUACAAUGGAUAAUGACGAAAUAAUUACGGUUAACUUUGACAAAUCAUAAUUUAAAAACAAAAAAAAACGCCUCUCUGGAUUCGAGAUAUGUUAAGCAAAAAAUUCUCAGCUUUCAAGAAAAAGUAUAGAAAAAUAUAGCGCCUUUGAUCCCGAGACCAUGAAAACUAUAAAAAACAAAUACAGUCAAUAAUACCUAAACGAAAAUUCAGAGUUUGUGCAACUCUGGCAUUUUUUCAAAAAAGAUCAGCUAAUUGGCUUUAAUUUUACAUAUCGGUCAUCUAAAUAGGCUCAGUAGUUCAAAAGUUAUAAUUUUUUUUAAAAAAAGGCAUUUUUUGAAAACAGUGGAAAAAUUUGAUUUUUUGGACCACCCUAAAAUGAAAAUGGUCAACCUAACAAAAAAAACAAAAAUACGGGUCUAAUGGUUUGCGACAAAGAACAAAACUUCCACUUUCCACGAAAAUCUGAGAACCACUCUAUCGGUUUGGCAUGGAAUGGCUGAAUAUAUGAAACAUAUAUAAGGGUGUAUAUACAGGGUUUUCCAACUUUAAAUUCCGAAAGUAAAUUGAAAUAAAACACACUUAGAAUUCGAAUUUCGAUGAAACUUUUAUUUCAAAUUAAAGAUUGGUUUAUGCCAUUAUGUGUGAAAUACAACAUCAUUCAAAUGUCCACCUAGGGCUUCCUCGCACACCUUGAUCCGGAACAGGUAAUUUUCGAUUACUUUUCGGCACAUAUGGGGCGGUAUCUCGGUCAUAACUUCACGAAUGUUGUCUUUCAAAUGUUCAAGAGUUUGCAGAGAGUUGUCAUAGACACGGUCUUUCGCAUAACCCCACAAAAAAAAGUCUAGCGGGUUCAAAUCGCAUGAUCUGGACGGCCAAUUGCAUCACCAAAAACGCGAAAUUAUGCGUCCCUCAAAUUUCGUUCGCAAUAUGGCCAUGUUCGGUCAUGUUGUGUGGCACGUGGCGCCGUCCUGCUGAAACCACAUGUCAUCCGUAUCUAUUCAACAUUCAACUAACGAUAUGACGCUUUGGUUGACAGCUAUGUCAAACGGUUGUCAGCGCAGGGCUGUAUACUUUCGGAAGCUCGAAAUGGAAAACCCUGUAUAUAUAUUUUAAAUUAUCUAUGAAAGCUUUCAGCUAUCGGAAGGUAAAAUCGGAGAAAAUCACUUUUUUUUAUUUGACGUUUCUUCAUUUUACGAAUUUAAAUGAUGUGUUGUUAAUGUGUUAUGUUUUGUGGGUCAACCCGAGCGAGAAAUCACCGAAAACUAAAUACGUUUUAACUUAUCUUAACAAAAUUAUGAAUAAGUUCAUUUCCUUUUUGGAUUUUAUUAAAUUUUUAAAUUUUGAGGGAUCGUAAUGGUAUUCGAUGGUGAUCGCAUAGCUUGUCUACAAUUUUGAUUAUUCGAGGCACCCAAGUAAUAGUGCUCCGAGUGCACAGAAUGAGUGUAGCAGACGCGUUACUCACAAUUAACGCAGCUCUGAAUUUACUCACUGUUUUUGAUUCAUAAGUACUGAUGAACAUUUAAUCGUGUGACUGAUUGCAACGCUUCUUCCGCAAGAGGAAGAGAUACAGAGAUAAUAAAUUAAGAGAGAGAGACAAAACAGAGAAAAAAGAGAAACAGAAAAAUAAAUGAGAAAAAUAGGAAAAAGGAACGGAGAGAAACAGAGAGACAGAGGGGAACAGGGAGAAAGAGAGAAAAAAGAGAAAAAGAGAAAGAAAGAAAGAGAAAGAGAGAGGGAAAGAGGAAGAAAGAGAAAAAGAAAGAAAGAGGGAAAGAAAGAGAGAAAAAGAGAAAGGGAGAAAGAGAGAAAUUGAGAAAAAGAUAAAGAGAAGAAGAUAAAGAGAAUGAGAGGAUGAGAGAGACAGAAACAGAGAGAAACAAAGAGACAGAGAGAAAUAAAAAGUCAGAGAAAAACAGGCAGAAAGAGAAAAGGAUGAAAGAGAAAAAUAGUGAAAGAGAGAAAAGAGAAAGAAAUCGAAGAGAGAGAAAGAGCGAGAAUUAGAGAAACAGAAAAAGAGAAAGAAAGGCAGAAAUAGAGUGAAUGAGAGAAAGAGAGAAAAAGAAAGAAUCAUAGAGACCGAGAUCCGAAUUUUCAGCGCAACGUAAUCCUUAACCUUAACAAAUCAUUUAAAUAUUUUCAGAUCACCCACUAUUCCAUUAAUUGUUCUGCUGAAAGCCCAUAUUUAUGCAAUACCUAUACUAUAUUUGAGGGGCUCAGAAUGCAAGGGGUGUAAGUGACUUGAUCGAUUUCUCUUCAUCAACAUUUUAUUUAGUAAAUAACUCAACUGCAAAAACGUUCCAAUUUAAGUUUGCUAUAUAAUCUGAUAGAUGUGGUUCUGACCUAUCUUCCACAUUGUCAAAUACAGCUGGGAAUGUAUUUGCAGCUAAGUUAUGACCAAAAGAGAGAGUCGAUGUGGAGAAAACGAUCAAAUCACUUACACCCCUUUCAUUCUAAGCCCCUCAUUUAGAUUUGAAUAGCUUCCGGAGAGAUAUUGAUGAAUACAUUAACAGACUUGUUCCUUCCUUUGGCUUUUUUUUUCUUUAUUUUUCUUUGUUGCACAUAUACUCGCAGGUAGCGAAAUGACUUUACUUCAAAACACAAAUCAGAACAGACCAAAGGGGAGACCCAAAAUCAACUAAAAAUCAAAAUUAUGAAAGAAAAAAUAAAUAAAAUUUUAAAAUAAGCCAUGUUCAUGACACGGAAGCCAAAAUUAUACAGAUAAAAACAAUGCUGAAGAGCGUUUCCAGUCAAAUUUACCUGAGGAUGUAUAAAUUUUAAUCAACAAUUUCAUACAAAUUUUUCACACGCAGAAUUUUUCAGAGGACUGGGUAUUUUCCACGAGUAUGGAAGGGAGUAUGCAUUUUGGCAUUAACUUCAAAUGGAAAAUUGUAGCGCAGAGACCUAUGAUAGGAUAAAAAAAACUGUCUGAGAACGAUUUGUAGGGAACUGAUGAAGCUCUGUGGAAAAAUACAUUCAUACUAAAAAAAUUAAUUGAAAAUUGAUACUAAGCUUUGCAUAAUUUAAAAACCAAUAUUUUUUAUUCAUAUUUGGUGUGAAAAUUCAAAGUCACAUCCAAAACAUUUAUCAUUUUUCCGGGAUAGGGACAAUUUUAGAGAAAAAUUUUUGAUUUCGCUAUAUAUUUUUCGAAAAGUGAAAAUCUAAAAAAAAAAUCUAAAACUACGAAUAUCCCGUUGCUGUUGCUAGGGAAUUGCGAAUAACUUAUGAAAAAACGCAUAUUUUCGAUAAUUAUACUUUUUUCACAAAGCCUUAUUAUUUAGUACAGCUCGUUCUUAGACAGUUUAUUGCAAAACCAAGCUAUCUUUAUAAAGUUUUGCUAAAAUACGUACGUGCUUUCCAAAAAUGACUAAAGAGCAGAAAAUACCCAGUUUCCUAAGCCAAAUAACUGGACGAAGUUUCACUCAGAAAUUGGAGGCACUCGAAUCUUUGGCGUAGAAAUGCUCCGAAGCAAACCAAAAACAAAAUCUACAAAGCACCACGUGUCUCCACUAAUGUAUAGGAAUGGUGGAGGAAGCGAUGAAUAUUUGUUACAAACGAACCCAUAGAAGAAUAAUAG